AUUCAAUUCGUUACUGACCGCGCGUACCGACAGACGUAAACCGCGCGUUCGCUGCUCCUUUCCGUUUCCGCACACCUUUCUCUCCGCACCGCUGCCACCGCUCGACAGACUGCUGUGUGCUGUGCCGUUGCUGGCCACCUCCGUUAUCCGUUGGCGCCAUUUGCCCCAAAACCGGUGGGGAAGUGAGCGCCGGGUGUAAAAGAAUCAGCUUUGGAGGGUCAGGAGUGGAAUUCGGAUUUCGGAUCACGAUUACAGUCCACACAGGGUGGCAGACCGGACGCAGCAGAAGGAGAAGAAGGCUUGGAACGGAAAGCACCAGUCCUUCACCAACGGGUGGCCCACCUACCGCACCAGACUGCAAGUGUGUCGCAGAGUGUGUACGGUGCCGCGUACCAAGCAGCGUCGUAUGGGUGUGUGAGCUUCAUCGAAAAAGACUCGCGAGAUAGCGAGGAACCCAUAAUCAAACCGAAGAAAAAUAUGGCAUCGACCCGAUAAAACGCCACUCCGCUAGCACUGGGGAGCGUGUGCCGCGUGAAAGAGAUUACAGAGCGACCGUAAAUUGGAUUACACUUUAUUUGUUUUACGUCCCGAGAUUUUCAUCUCCUCCCGAACGUCCAGUGCGUUAGAUCCCAACGAAGAACCAACCCAGCGACAAAAUGAGCCAGUACUAUUUCCCGAUCGUGUUUGUUGUUCUGCUAGAGAUAUUGCGUCUGGCACAAUCACAUCCAUUUCUGUUCAAUUCCGGAAACCAACAGCGUCGUGCGCAGGUAGAAUGGAAAACACCCGAGGACAACUGGACGGCCGAAGCGGUACCGAGAAGCAUCCAUCCGUUGCUGCAAAACCAGUACAACAAACAUCAGCUACCACCGACAAACCGGUACGAGAUGAUCGAAGGUGACGAGGACGAGCAGCUGUUGAGGCGGAUGAACGAGGCGAAACAAAAUGCAACCGCCCGCACGCUGUUUUACUCCACCAAGGAGGAAUCUCAUCUGCCACCGCUACUGACGAAGACGAUCAAGUAUUUCAACUUGCAGCAAGUCGCGUUCGAACUCGAAACAAGCGUCAUGUCGCAGGUAUCCUGCACUGCUUGCAAAGCUGGUGCGGGUUUGCUACAGCACUACAUUCGCACCGGCAAGAGCAAGGAGGAGAUCAUCAAAAUGAUUUACCAGUACUGUGUGAAUCUCAAGAUUCAAUCGGCACGCGUUUGUGAAGGUGUUAGUCAACUGUUCGGUGUGGAGGUGAUUUACGUGCUGAAGCGUAUCACGAUCGGACCGGAUGAGAUAUGUAGCUUUAUCAUUGGAGACGCUUGUGGGGACAUUUAUAAUCCGUAUCACGAGUGGGAAGUCGAGUUCCCGCCAGUUCCGAAGCCUGAUCCUCGUGAGUUAGGCCUGCCAAAGGAGGCUGCUCCAGUGUUCAAAGUGUUGCACCUGUCAGACACACAUUUCGAUCCGUACUAUGCCGAAGGAUCAAACGCGGACUGUAACGAACCGUUGUGCUGUCGGUUAACGAAUGGACGCCCGACGACUCCGAAUGGUGCGGCAGGAAAGUGGGGUGAUUAUCGAAAGUGUGACACACCUCAGAGGACGGUGGAUCAUAUGCUGAAUCACAUCGCCGAUACGCACUCCGAUAUCGAUUUCAUCAUCUGGACAGGUGAUCUACCACCGCACGAUGUUUGGAAUCAAACGAAGGAGGAGAACCUGAAGGUGCUGAAGGAAACCGUCAAACAGAUGACGGAGAAGUUCCCUGGUAUUCCGAUCUUUCCGGCGCUUGGCAAUCAUGAGAGCGCCCCAGUCAAUAGUUUUCCACCGCCAUACGUCCAGCAGGUGGACAGUUCGAUUGCCUGGCUGUAUGAUGAGCUAGAUGUGCAGUGGAGACGCUGGCUUCCGGCAAGCGUUUCACAUACGGUGCGGCGUGGUGCAUUCUACUCGGUGCUAGUACGUCCUGGCUAUCGGAUCAUCUCGCUCAACAUGAACUACUGCAACAACAAGAACUGGUGGCUGUUGCUCAACUCAACCGAUCCUGCCACCGAACUGCAGUGGUUCAUUUACGAGCUGCAGAGCGCCGAGUUUGCGGGUGAAAAGGUACACGUGAUCGGACACAUUCCACCCGGUCACUCCGACUGUUUGAAGGUGUGGAGCCGUAACUACUACAAAAUUAUAUCACGCUUCGAGAGCACAAUCACGGCACAGUUCUUCGGCCACACGCACUUUGACGAGUUUGAAGUGUUCUACGAUCCGCACGAUCUGAGUCGUGCGACCAGUAUCGCAUACAUUGGACCUUCUGUGACGCCGUACAAUGACCUUAAUCCGGGUUAUCGGAUUUACUACAUCGACGGUGAUCAUGAUGAAACUACACGGCUAGUCGUAGAUCAUGAAUCGUGGAUAAUGAAUCUGAAGGAGGCAAAUCUCUACGAUUACCCGAUCUGGUAUAAGCUGUACUCGACCCGGGCAGCCUACGGUAUGAAGGGUCUUAGGCCCGCGGACUGGGAUCAGCUGAUCAACAACAUGACCGACAGUAAAGAGCUGUUCGAUCUGUACUACAAGCACUACUGGAAAAACUCACCGGUCAAACCGGAGUGCGAUUAUGAAUGCCGCAAGCGCAUUCUGUGCGAUGCCAAGAGUGGGCGAUCACACGAUCGCAAGUACUUCUGCGAGGUUGUGGAAGCGAAAAUCGAUGAGAGCAACAAGGGCUGGAAAGAUUGGAUCUUCAGCUCGAUUAGCUCUUCCAUAUCCUACGCUAUUCAUGGUAUAACGAGAAUAUUCUGGCGAAAACGAUGACCAUCUGCAGGCGAUGAUGGUGAUCCAUGAAAAUGCCGAUCCAAAUCCCCUUGGAUAGAUGUUUCCUCCCGGAGCAGCACUUCUGUGGAGAUAAAAUCCAACGAGACAUUCCCACUGGUUCAACCAACUUUAUCAUGAUCGGAUGAGUGAUCGUAAGGAAUUUCGUGAUACACGAUUUCGUGGCGUAGGGUCGUGUAAGGCCUUAAAGCUUAGAGUGAAACACAUCAAUUGAACGGUAGGUUUGUGAUAAAAACGAAUUGAUUCGAAUUAUUGCUGGAGCAGCGGUACAAUCGAAUUGUACACCAUGCGAACGCGUUAGAAGGUCUACCGUGACCAGUGCACCCCAACAGCGAUUGAAACGAACUGAACCGGAAACUGUUAGAAACCGGCUGUCUCCGGUUGAUGGAACGACAGACUAUUUCAUUUAGGAAAACACAGGUACUCGACAUUUAGGUGGACGCAGUGCGUGCGUAAGCAGUAAUUUAAAUAGGACAUAUUAAACAAAUCCAACAGUAGCGUCAUUAAUAGCGUUAGCAAAAACCUUCCGUCUGUAAAUAAGAUUAAUGCAAUCUCACCAAAAUAAAUUAUUUCAAAUUGUA